GUACAAGAUGUCAAAAUUUACACCCCUUAGGUGCGGUAUUACUAUUGUAUAUUUCACCUCACCUGAGUCUAACAAUUUAAUCUACAUUAUGAGUCGUGGUAAAAAUGUCAAUCGAGUCGCUGUCAUAGGAGCGGGUGUUAGUGGCGUGGUCACAGCCAAAUGGCUGAAAAGCGAGGGAAUUGAAGUCGUAGUAUACGAGCGCGCCGGGAAAGUAGGAGGGAACUGGUCAGUUCUAAGAUUCUGAGUCUGUUCGUUCCGAGUCAGUCAAUAUAAUAACAAAUGGUAGGCUUUACAAUCCUUUGUCCGCCCCAGAACCACCAUACCCUCUGGAAUCACCAACACCCCCACCAUUUGAAAUCAAGAAACUUCUCAAAAGUCAAAAUGGAGAAGAGCAAAAGGCGUCUGAAAUCGAACUCCUGUUUGCGCCUCCUGGACCGGCUUACGAGAAUCUGAAAAAUAAUAUCCCGACUUCGAUGCAGGAGCUUAAAGGACAUCCUUGGCCUGAGGGAACGGGUGAUUGGGUUACGUCUGUUGAGAAACAGAAGUAUAUUGAAUCUUAUAGUAAGAAGUUCGAUGUUGAAACGCUUAUCAGGUUUCAUACUAGCGUUGAAAAUGUUGUGAAGGGAGAAGAUAAGUGGAUUGUUGAAAGUAUGAGUUUAACCAGGAGGGCUGAGGGGGAAUGGGAGGUAAUAUCUAAUGUUGAUGUAAGUCGAGAAAGAAUGCAUCUAUUACGAAUACCGUUGUUGAUGAAAGAUACAGAAAUUCGAUGCUGUGGUUGUGGCUAGUGGUCACUAUCAUGCCAUUCGAGUUCCGGACAUUCCUGGACUGAAAGAAUGGAAAUCGCUAUGGCCAGACAGAGUCCAACAUUCAAAGGGUUAUAGAAGACCAGUUGGAUUUGAUGGCCAAGUAACAUUCCCUGAUUUUCGAUAUCCGUCCCAAUGUUAAUUAAUGUCACAGAAUGUUCUCCUGAUAGGGGCUGGAGUAUCAGCCAGUAAGCGAACGUUCCUUUCAUGUCCCAGCACAAUUCCAUUCUGUUGGUUAAUUGUCCAAGCUAAACAUGGAACAUAGUGGACAUAGGAAGGGAAAUAGCUCCCUCAGCCAAGAAAAUAUACCAAUCAACUCGUGGAGGGGAAUGCGAUCUUCCGAUUACAUACCUCGAUCCAUCGAUAGAACGCGUGUCAGAAGUAUCGUCUUUCGCCAUUCCGCGCCUCGAUUCCUCAGAAUUCCCUCCGUCGGGCACUGUUACUUUGAAAGACGGAAGAAAAUUAGAAAACAUAGAUAGAGUUAUCCUCUGCACCGGCUAUCACCAAUCCCGACCUUUCCUUCCACAAUUCCAGAAUCACAACAUCCCAGUUGAGAAGGCCGAUGACAAGGUCCUCGUAACAGAUGGGACCCAAAUGCAUAAUCUCCACAAAUACAUCUUCUACAUCCCCGAUCCCACGUUAGCAUUCGUUGGAAUACCAUACUAUACUGCUACAUUUGUGUUUUUCGAAUACCUCGCUAUUGCGGUGGCAGGUGUUUUCUCCGGCAAGGUUGAUUUGCCGACGGAGAGUGAGAUGCGAGAAGAAUAUGAGAAGCGAGUACUACAGAAAGGGUACGGGAGGAACUUUCAUUCUAUGAAGCAGGAUGAGGUUCAAUAUAUCGAUGAGUUGGUGGAUUGGAUUAACCGCGAUAUUGUGGAAAGAGGCGGGGCAAGGGUUGAGCAUCUGAGCGAGAAGUGGUUGAGCAGUCGGAUUGAGCGCGUGAGACUGUUUAAAGAGGUUGCUGAGGGAAUACUGCCCGUCGAAGCUCUCAGGUGCUUUUGAGUGAUCAAGAAUUUGGCUGGUACCUUAGUUAGCUUC